AUGCCGGAAAUUGCCAGCCCAGUCAAUCGUUCAUACGUCGACAGUAUCAAAGGAUUCUAUGGAGAUAGGGCUAAGGUGCUCUAUAUGGAUUCAACGGAAUCUAAGCAGGAUCUAAAAUGUAAGGAAGAUAUUCUGGAUGGAGUCGUUAGACUGAUUGGUAUUCGGGAUGAACACCCAAAAUGUACUUCUUCCAGCUUCAGAGGUGUUGAGCCAUCAUAUAUCGUAACUGAAUAUGUGAUAUCCAAAACUACUGUUGAAUCUCACACAGAAGCAAUUACCGAUGAGAGUUUGAUUCAAAAUCAACUUCAGCAAGAUGUUUCAACUGGAGUGACCGGAGGUGUAGUCGGAGCUGUGACUGCUGAUGAUACUGUUGACAGAUUGAGGAUAUUCGUAUGGGACAGAAGUAUCAGAAGGUUUCACGCGUUAGGAAGUAACCUCUUUUCAAGAAUUGAAUGUGACGAUUCAAAGUGUAUAGGUUGGCCAAACGACGAGAUGAUCUCCCUCACCCAACAACCUAGUUUCAUAGAAGGCAACGGUCAAAGUAGAGGUUGGGGUGUUAAUAGACGUUUCAGAUGCAACCGAUCUGACGACGUUGAGGACAUUAUCAAGGUAUCUGCAACAUCUAGCAACGUCAACACUCAGGACCAUGACAUAUCGCAUCUUUUACCUACAGAUGUCAAUCUCACUACAUAUACACAUUUUAUCAGACCCGACAUGAUUCGCCGAUACAAAGAAAGAGGAGAAAUCGAACCAGAAAGUAGAUGGAACUUUACACCCGUAUGGUCGCCAAAGAAGAAGGUCGCGCGCACGGCACCCUCUCGGCCCGACGGUUGGGGUAUGGUUGAUGUGGGUCUCAAUCAUGCCAGCGUUGACGAUGAUCCAGGGACGAUUGACGAAACCUUUGGCAGGAUUAGCGGAUGGCUAAGUACAAUUGAAGGUAAUGUUGAGGAAGAGGGUGAGAAUCGUAACACAAGCAACAAGCCAGGCUGGCAUAGGAACUUAACGGAGAGAAUAGUCAAGUGGACUAAACGGGACAGUCAGAAUGAUAUUAAGGAUGGACUUUGA